GCAGGAGCGAGUGGCUCCCAGAAUGGACGGGAAAUCCCUUUCUGUGGCUUUUCUUGCGCUAUUCUAUUUGCCACUUAUUAAAAACCAGGAUUUUCAACAUCCUGACCAGGCCAGUUGGCAAAUCCGCGGGUCUAGAGGAGACCUCUUGGGAUUAAAACUACAAACCAGCGUGUAAUGAAGAUAAUGGGACUCACACAACCCCUCCAGCUGCUGCUCGCUCCACGUCUUUGACUCCCAAUCUCGUUAAGGAAGUAUGAAAUUACCAAGUUUUUUUAGCGCAAAGCUUUCAUCCUGAAGCCAGAAGAGGACGAGCUGUGUGUUUCAUCCUUUCAUCCCUUUUCCCCACCCACUUCCUUUCCUACCACAGAGAAAUAAGUGAACUCUUUGUGAUCUCGGCUUUUGGAAGGUUUCACCUCCCAAGCUGCUUAAUAGAUUAUCAGCGGCGUCCCCGCUAACAGAUGGCUGGAAGUGACAGCAGCGCUGCAAACAAUUAAGUAAAUUAUUUCCAUCUCGGGACUGCUCUCAUUCACUAUGUUAUGUAGCUCUUAAGCAUUUUCCAUCCACUUGGGUGAAUGUUUGUGUAUCGUUUACGGGACACGAACAAAAUCUCUCUGAAGCAAAAUUUCCAACCUCAAGGCGACUUGUUAUUUUUGGAGUCAUCAUUAGGCCUCGGGCAAAGAUUUCAUGGAAAUCUUCUCCUCUGUAGUUGGGCCAAUAACUCUGUAAACUUAAAGCUGAACUGUCUGUUUCUGAGCUCGAGAUUAGGCAAUGAACCGACCUCUCGCUAAGCCACAAGCAGCAGUCAGAAAAACCACCGAGUGCGGCGAUUUUUUGGGUAAUUGUUUGUGUUCGUUAUUUUGACUCUUUGCUCUGAUUUGCUAAAAUAUCCCUUUCAUGUGCAAGUGUGGAAUGUUCCUCUGCGAGAGGACAGCUGCCAAAGCCUGAUGCAGUCUUUUUUGCUUCUUCUUUCAUUUCCCUCCCCACCCCCCCAGCUUCAGAAGAGAGGCUACAAGCUGGAGAAAUAGAACUUGAAGCGCUGCGGCUUUUCAGGGCUCAGCGUUUUCAAAGAGGGAUGUCUGAGGAUGUGGCUGCGCCCUGACAGACCCCCAGCAGGGCGGGAUGGGGCGGAGGGAAAGGGAAACGGCACAGCCGGGCUUGUGUGCAAAGUCAUGCUGUUAAAAUUCAGCUGUCCUUGUGUGCGUAACUGGCGUCCCAGCAAAGCUCUGCAGCUGGAUAGCAAAAAGUGGGGGGAAUCAGUCUAUGUGCAAAAAACACCUUCAUGAUCUGCUAAAUAAAGCUGAGACAGCCCAAGCAGCAACUGAAGUGAUGUAAAUGAAGAAGAAGGGCGUUAGUCUGCAUUCGGACCCGUUUGGGGUUUGGCCCCGUGUGAGAUAACUGCGGUGAGACCAAGGCUGAGAGCAGUGCGGCUGCAGCUGUGCUGUGAAAACCCUGAUUCGCUUCUCCAUCGUUUCUUCUUUGUGCCUAUGGAUGAGUUGAGUUUCACACUAAGGUCUCCAAAAGAACAAUGUGGCUGUAUCGCACAGUUCUGGUGCACUCGUGUACCUCCGUGGCAGCCAGCAGUGGGGGUGUUGCUGGCCAUCCCCUGGCCUGCAGAGCCGGCACGUGGCAACGUGGAGCAGGAACAGGAGCACAGAGGAGAAAGUUACAACACCCUUGACCAAGCUUUGGCUGAGGGGAAUCUUGCUCUUACCAUGGUUCCUUCCCAAACCGGUGCUGGUGCUGGGCUGUUUGAAGGCAGCGCAUCCCUCUCCAAAUAAAACCAGCAAAGCAGGUGAGGUGUCCUUUGCUCUCCAGGCCCGUAGCCCAUCCCAACCACACCGAGGAAGCCUGGUGGCUUGGGCUUGCUUGGAAAUGAUUUUUCAUUACAGCUGUCUGCACUGUCUUUCUUGACUUGUCGGUUAAUUGUGUUGACUUACUCACCGUUUGCCUUGCUGGGCAGAAUCACAGAAUCACAGAAUGUUAGGGAUUGGAAGGGACCUCGAAAGAUCAUUUAGUCCGCAACAUUUUGCUGUCGGGAUCCCUGUUCAGGGAUCGGCUCCGGCGUGAGCCCGGUGACAACUCCAGCACCAGGCCCGAUGAUCUCCUCUAAUUGCUGCCGCGUCAGCAGUGUCAUUAGACUGUCUGAGAUGACGUGAUGAGAUUUGGUAAUCCCUGCAAAAUCCCCCCUCACCUGAACCCUUUGCGUUCAUGGCUCGGAUUUACCGACCUCCUGUGAAGAGCUCUCAGGGGAUAAAAGCGGCAUUAAGGGCUUGAGGGUUUCAGACCUCAGUGAAGGCAUCACCUGCCGGUGAUCUCCAGGAAUCCAGUUUAGCGAGAGCCGUCCUGCUCAGAGGUGUUAGACUGUUGUGUGCGCUGGCACUCAGCACCACAGAUCGCCAAGGGACUCACGGGAUGGUGCAUUAGAGGAAAACUAGAAGGAUUAUUGCAGAAUACACAUCGCUUCCAAAUUCUCCUGCACCGCGCUGAAAUGGAGGGACCUGCCUCAGUGAUAUGCCUGAGAACUUGCUGCAUAAAAGACGCUGGGCCGCUCAAUUUCGCUGAAAACCCACCCGAGCUGGGACAUCCCCACCUCCCCAGGAGCUGCAGCGGCGCCCGCAGGGCAAUGAGACAACGGCGGUCAAACAGCGUCAGCAUGUGCACCUUGCCCAUCAUCCCGGAGUAUCCAGGCUUCCAGGACAUUAAGCUAUCAAGAAAUUAUUUGGAAACUCCAGCCUUCAACCGACUUUUCCAGGAUUUGGAAAGAGGCAAGAGCUCCUCAUCACGGCCGAGUAAUUUUCCUAACAGAGCUUCGUUAGUCCAUUGCCUGGGGAGCUCUUCAAGAGGCCACUUGAAAGGCCACCCCACAACCGGCAGCGGCUUCCACGACAAGCCAUUGCAGGAGUAUUUCAACGAGAGGCUGAUGGAGCUCCGGAACUACGAAAGUAAGAGGUCUAACAGGAAGACGAAAGUAUUCGCUGAUAAGAACCAGAACCCCUUCGUCAGCCGCCGAGGAUCCCGGCGCAGGAGCAGCUGCGGCGCCGUGGUGAUGGUCGGGCACGGCAAGGACGGCGAAGAGUCCUGCAGCUCCACCAGUCAAGACAACCAAAGAAUGACGGAGCAGAACCAUCCAGAGGAAAGUCAGGAUGUGCUGGACCUCUACAAGGGUGACUUGUUGGACGUUUUGACAAUGCACAUUGCCGCUCCCCUAGAAGCAUUUGUGCAAAAAAAAUGAUACUGGAGCUGGUUGCAGCUUUUCGUGCAGUCCUGAAAGCCAGGAAGAAUCGUUCCUGUUCAGCACCAUUCUGGCUUUGGUCGUUCAUGUGUGUCCGUCCGCUCUGACACAGAAACGUGCUUGUUUGUGGGGGAAAAUAUUCUCUCAUUCUGUGUUCUCGAUUAACAUUGCAUGUCUUUGUUUUCAAUUAUUUUCCUUGAAGUUUCAGUAUAAUUGAGAUGUAGUUGCGACUUGUUAGAGAGCGAUGUUCUAAAUAUAUGCGCCUAUGACUUGAAUCCUAAAGUUGCCUUAAAAAAAAGGUGAUUACUGUCAGGGGAGCACCUUGUUUUCCUAAUGUGCAGCUUGUAUCAGCUAAUCUGGAAACAGACUGUUGUGUUCCACCUAGUUACUCUGCUUGUUUUAAGCCUCUUGGUUUUUAUCACGUCACUUUGGCCCAGAUCAUUUACAGUGAUGCUUUGCACAGAUGCAAAUAGUUAACGAGAAAUGACUGAUUUUCACUCAUUGGCACAUAUAAUCACCAGGUGGAUCACUUUAAGUGUUUGAUGCUUGAGGAAGCAAACAGAGACGUAAGUUUUACUUUUAAAUAUGAUCAGCCAUUAUGGUUUCAUUUGCAAACUCAAAAAUCUUUCACUUAUAAAGGAUUACAAGGGCAAAGAGGCAAAAGUGCUAGAUUUAAGUGAGAAUGGUGGAAUUAAGUUUGAAAGGCUCCUUCUCUCUUUCCUACUGUAAAUAUGACAACAUAGAAAAUUCCCAAUGUAAUCUGAACUUCAAAUUGUUUAUUGUAUUUUAGUGUUUAUCGUGGUUAUCUGAGUAUACAAUGUCAGCUGCAGCUGAACCCUUUUAUUAUGUGAAUGUCAAUGUUUAAUUCCACGGCACACCAACUGAAUAGCAGACCCAAAGCAGGGCAAUCAUUUUAAGCUUCCAGAAAGAGCUGUGACCGCCUGUGGUAUCAUUGGCAAUAAACUCCUCAUUAGA